AUGACUUCACCCGCUGUGGCAGCUCAAUCCCUCACUCCAUCCGCAAUUCAAGCGGCGUAUGGUCUCAUCCAGCCUCAUGUGCACCGUACGCCGCUGCUGACAUGCAAAACACUCGACACCAUCGCCUCGACACCACAAUCGCCCGAAGCCUUGGUCGGAACGCAGUUUGAAGGCCAAGUCCCCGCUCGCCCACAAUUUCGAUUCUUCUUCAAAUGCGAGAAUUUUCAGCGAAUUGGUGCCUUCAAAGCACGGGGUGCAUUCCACGCUUUGCUGCGACUGUUAGAGGAGCGCGGGGAGGAAGUCAAACGGCGUGGGGUCAUUACACAUAGCUCUGGAAAUCAUGCACAAGCUCUUGCUCUCGCUGCCUCGACUCUGGGCAUCCCCGCCUACAUCGUAAUGCCCCGCAUCAGCACUCCAUCAAAGAUUGCGGGUACCCAGUCCCACGGCGCGGAAGUUGUCUUCAGCGGCUCGACCAGUGUCGAACGCGAAACGGUGGUGGCAGAGAUACAAGCAAAGACGGACGCCAUUCUGGUCCCACCGUAUGAUGACUUCAAUGUCAUUUGUGGGCAAGGUACAACAGCUUUGGAGCUGGAGGCACAGUAUGCCGAACAAGCUGGGUCUCGAGCUCUGGAUGCGGUUAUCACUCCUGUUGGUGGAGGUGGGCUCAAUUCUGGCGUGGCGACGUGGUUCUCGAAUAAGCAGACACAUGUGUUCGGUGCAGAGCCCAGCUUUGAGGGUGCAGAUGAUUGUCGACGCGGUCUGCAGGCUGGAAAGCGAGUGGAAGCCGUUGGCACCCUCACCAUCGCAGAUGGUCUACGCACUCCCGUGGGACUGCUCAAUUGGGAGGUUAUCUCCAAUGAGAACAAUGUGUCAGGGGUGUUCGCAGUCACUGAUGAGCAGAUCAAGGCAACCAUGCGGUUGGUUAUAGAGCGUAUGAAGGUUGUUGUUGAGCCCAGCGCAGUAGUUGGACUGGCCGUGUGUCUUUUCAAUGAAAACUUUAGGCGACGAGUCGAACAAGAGGGUGGCAAGGAUGGAUGGGAUGUUGGUGUUGUGUUCAGCGGUGGCAACACAACCGUCGAGGCAAUUGCCAAGUUGUUUACAUGA